CCCUUUUUCCUGGCGGCUGGGAGGGGAGGAGAGGGAGGAGAGGCGGUUAAGCGGGAGAGAGAGGGGCAGGCGAGGCGAGGCGGCCUCAGGACGUGUCUGUCGGUAGCCUUUCUGGCUGCUCUGCUAUGGCUGCAGCAGUAACGGCGGCGGCGGCGGCGGUGACCGGGAGAGGGGGAGCAGGUGGAGAGUUGAGAGACUGCAGUGAAGCUACCCUGGAGACAUGGCGGACCAAUGCCUCUGAAUAAGCAAAAAAAAAAAAAAAAAAAAAAAAAAAAAAAAAGGAAGGGAAAAAGGGGGGUUAAAAUUAACAAUUAAAUCCCCCUCUGCCUCCCUCUCCCUUCUCCUCCUCGGUCCCCAGCGCCAGCUAUGGUGCCGGGUUGAGGUAGCAAAACGAAGCCGAGGAGCCGAAGGACAAAUGGUGCAGCAGCCUCGGGGGGGCUUUGAAUUCCUCCUUUCCGCUCCUUCAUGGUGCGCCGCAUCCCCUCCCUCUUAGCCUUAAGCCGAUGUAGCUGGCUGCUUCUCAGGAGGAGCCUCCCGGGGAGAAUCGCCGGCUGCCCUGUGCCUCCUGCAUCUUUCCACCCCUCCAUCUGUCCGCCCGUCCCUCCUCCUCCUCCCCUCCUCCCUCUCCCCUUGCAUCUCACUCCAUCCAUCCAUCCUUCUCUUUGCCUCCCCCACCCCUCCAACCUCCAAGGCUAUGGCUGCGGAAGAGGUGUUGGAGACGGUGGAUCACUAUAAGUCCGAGAUCGAGAGGCUAACCAAAGAGCUCACGGAAACAACCCAUGAGAAGAUCCAGGCUGCGGAAUAUGGGCUGGUGGUCUUGGAAGAAAAACUCACCCUCAAGCAGCAGUAUGAUGAGCUGGAAGCUGAAUAUGAUGUCCUUAAGCAGGAGCUCGAGCAGCUGAGAGAGGCAUUUGGACAGUCAUUCUCAGUACACCGCAAAGUAGCUGAAGAUGGUGAGACACGUGAGGAGACACUCCUCCAGGAGUCUGCAUCAAAGGAAGCCUAUUACCUAGGGAAGAUUUUGGAAAUGCAGAAUGAAUUGAAACAAAGUAGGGCUGUUGUUACCAACUUUCAGGCAGAGAAUGAACGACUGACGGCGAUUGUGCACGACUUAAAAGAGAGCAAUGAAAUGGCAGAGCUGCAGAGAAUUCGGAUGAAAGAUGAGAUAAGAGAAUACAAGUUCAGAGAGGCAAGACUCCUUCAGGACUAUACAGAACUUGAAGAAGAAAACAUUACAUUGCAAAAGUUGGUUUCCACGCUGAAACAGAACCAGGUUGAAUAUGAAGGCCUGAAACACGAGAUAAAACGAUUUGAGGAAGAAACUGUAUUGCUUAAUAGCCAGCUAGAAGAUGCCAUCCGGUUAAAGGAGAUUGCGGAGCAUCAGCUAGAGGAAGCCCUGGAGACGUUAAAGAAUGAGAGAGAGCAAAAGAACAAUCUGAGGAAGGAACUCUCCCAGUAUAUCAAUCUAAAUGAUAGCAUGUAUAAUAACCAUAUUAAUAUCUCGGUAGAUGGAUUAAAGUUUGGAGAGGAUGGGAAUGAACCUAAUAAUGAUGACAAAAUGAAUGGACACAUUCAUGGACCCCACAUGAAAAUGAAUGGUGACUUUCGGACUCCCACAGUUAGGAAAGCAGAAUCACUGCACCCAGUCUCGGAUCUCUUCAGUGAGCUCAACAUCUCUGAAAUGCAAAAACUGAAACAGCAGCUCAUGCAGGUGGAGCGCGAGAAAGCUAUUCUCCUGGCUAAUCUUCAGGAGUCACAGACCCAGCUGGAACACACAAAGGGAGCACUUACUGAGCAACAUGAGCGGGUCCACAGGCUCACUGAGCAUGUCAACUCUAUGAGGGGUUUACAAAGCAACAAAGAAUUUAAAGAGCUAGAUUUUGAGAAAGGCCGGGAUUCUGGGGAAGAAACCCAUGACUAUGAAGUGGACAUCAAUGGCUUAGAGAUUCUAGAGUGCAAAUACAAAGUAGCUGUCACGGAGGUGAUUGACCUCAAAGCUGAAAUAAAGGCCUUGAAGGAGAAAUACAAUAAAUGUGUUGAAAACUACACCGAAGAAAAGGCGAAGUAUGAGAGCAGGAUCCAGAUAUAUGAUGAGCAGGUGACAAACCUGGAAAAGUCAACUAAGGAUAGCCACGAGAAAAUGAUGCAGAUGGAAAAAGACUUGCAAAGAAUUACAGGUGUUGCAAAUGAGAACCACAAUACACUCAACACAGCCCAGGAUGAGCUGGUGACUUUCAGUGAGGAGCUGGCUCAGCUCUAUCACCAUGUGUGUUUGUGUAACAACGAAACUCCUAAUAGGGUUAUGCUAGAUUAUUACAGGCAAAGCAGAGUUACUAGAAGUGGGAGCCUCAAGGGACCUGAUGAUCCAAGGGGGCUUCUGUCCCCACGGCUGGCUAGGAGAGGGAUGGCAUCUCCAAUAGAAGUGAGGACACCGACUGAGCAGAUUUCAAGGGAGAGUGCAGAAGCCAACAAAGAGCAAAGUCCAACAAAGACACCCACAAUUUCUCCAGUCAUCACAGCCCCCCCUUCCUCCCCAGUUUCCGACACUAGUGACAUUCGCAAAGAACCGAUGAAUAUUUACAACCUGAAUGCCAUAAUAAGGGACCAAAUCAAGCACUUGCAGAAGGCUGUAGAUCGGUCGCUGCAGCUGUCACGGCAGCGUGCAGCAGCCCGUGAACUAGUACCUAUGAUUGAUAAGGACAAGGAGGCCUUAAUGGAAGAAAUACUGAAAUUGAAGUCCCUGCUGAGUACGAAACGAGAGCAGAUAGCGACCCUAAGGGCUGUGUUGAAAGCCAACAAGCAGACAGCUGAAGUGGCCCUGGCUAAUCUGAAGAAUAAGUAUGAGAAUGAGAAGGCCAUGGUGACAGAAACCAUGACUAAACUACGUAAUGAGUUAAAGGCUUUGAAAGAAGAUGCAGCAACCUUCUCAUCCUUGAGAGCCAUGUUCGCAACCAGGUGUGAUGAAUACGUAACACAGUUGGAUGAGAUGCAGAGGCAAUUGGCAGCUGCAGAGGAUGAGAAGAAGACCUUAAACUCUUUGCUGCGGAUGGCUAUCCAGCAAAAGCUCGCCCUCACCCAGCGUCUGGAAGACUUAGAGUUUGAUCACGAGCAGUCCCGGCGGAGCAAAGGCAAACUUGGAAAGAGCAAGAUCGGCAGCCCUAAAGUAAGUGAGGAGGCAUCAGCCACCGUGCCAACCAUAGACACUUUCCUCCUGCAUAGUCAGGGCCCACAGCAACCAAACAUACUGGUCAGCAGUGGCACUCAGAGGAAAAGACUAUUCUCACCUUCCCCUUGUGAUCAGAGCCAUCCCAGGACUUCAGGGACCCACCUACUGCCUUUAUUAAGAACCCCCCCUGAUCACACCUCCACAGAAUCAUUUCUUCUGAGGGGCCCCCCUUCCAUGGCCUCCAUGAAUGAAUUCUUCUAUGGGCACCAUCUCAGCAAGGAAAAAAGGUUAACUGUGGCCAUCCCAGUUCUGGCACCAGUGGAACGUUGCAAAAGGCAGAACAUCCCUCAUGAGGAGCACUUGAGAGGAAUUUUCAUGGAUUUUGCAUCUAGGCCCAGUACAUGUUACCAAAUACAAGUUUCUUGUAGAUUGUCAGCAGCCUGCUGCCUCCAUACCGCCACACGGCUCACAACUAGCCAGGAGCAAGACUGCCAGACUGUCAGUCCUGAUGUAGCUCUUCCAGAAGAACAGCCACAUUCCAGCUCUCAGUGUGCUCCCAUCAGCUGUCUACCUAAGCCUCCUCCUUAAGCCUAAUCUUCAUAUGCAACCUAAGAGUUGGGGGGCGGGGAAGCCCCCACAAAGAAACUGAGUCGGAGUUCUCACAGCAAAGGUACAGUUUGCGCCAAAGGAACCAUUAGGCAUUGCUGCCUUUUUGCUGCAUUGAUGAGUCCGGACACAUAUCUAUGGUCUUAAAAAACUGAGGAUGUAUGGAAGAGCACAAAGUACAGUGCCCGAACUGUUCAAGAAGAUCAUUUAAGGUUCCUCUGGUUUACAUCCAGAUAAUCACGGCUACAGUUUGGAUGUCAAAAUAUGUUUGUCCCAGCCAUUUGGCUUGUACUGCUAAUAUGCUGGGAACUUAAAACUGCUGAAACAAAACAAAGAAAAUGUGUUACAAAACCUGAUUUUGACAGUUGAGCCACAGCCACAACUCUAGUUUUUCUUUAUGUGGAUUAAAGGAUGUUAAAUAUCUGUUUUCAUUUUAUCAUAUUUGCACCAUGAGUUUAUUAGAAAUACGGUCCAUGCCGUGUGAAUGUUUUUAUUCUGGGUUGUUUUUGUUUUUUUAAGUGACGCAGAAAUAGUUUACCUAGGGAAUGAUUCCCCGCAGUUAGGGUUUUUGUUUUGUAACUGAGGAUUAUUCACUUGGCCAAAGUGUGUGGCCUGGUGUUCUCUUUUCUUAAUUGCACAAAAAAUGUUGAAAGUGUGUUGAAUUGGAAUGUGAACUUUGGGGGCAUUGCAGAAAAAGCUGGAUGUGCCUAAAUCCCGUUGAAAUAAAUAGGCACACGGUGAAGCACUUGAAACCCACCAUCAACAGAAUUCAGGCAUGUCUAACUUUUCCUGUAUUGUGCCCAUUGACUUGUACUUUUCUGCUGCACUGGUAUUGUUUACGCACUUAUUUUAUAACUAAUAUGAUAUUAGCUGCUGGUUGUUGUUUUAAUACUUCACUAGGAUCUGAUUAAGCCGAAAAUGGGUUUUAGUGAACAGUGCAUUUAAUAAUUGUUUCCCUGUGGUUAACUCUUGUGUUUUGGGGAGGUGCUUGUUUUGUUUUAGGGAUUUCCCUCCCUCUGUUUUUGCAUUUCAGAUAAGCUGAUGACUUGGUGCUGCUCAUUUUUCUGUUUGGUAUCUGGACAAAAAAAA